AUGGCGGAUACCACUGCAAAGACACCAUCUCCGCGAGCCGCGGCGGCGACAACAGCUACUACAUCUGCUGCGUCUGCUGCGUCUCCAGCAUCACCUAAAGGUCCAACAUCACCUAAAGGCCCAACAUCUCCCAAGAGUCCCGCGAAAAGUCCAACGCCCGAAGGAGAAGCAUUUGGUACCGAACAACAUAUCGAAGUGGCCGAUGACAUAGAUGAGCCGGAUGAUAAUGACGACGCCAAUUCGGCUGUUGGUAGCUCAAUACAAUCUUCCACCGGCUCAUUGACUGAAAGUAUCUACGCCUAUCGCGUACUACACGGCAGGACGUUCAAUGCGCCUAAGACGUCUGAGUAUUGGGCCCCGAAUGACGAGCAACAGAAUGAGGGUCUCGAUUUGCUCCACAAUGCCGCUUUGAUGGUUUUAGGCGAUGAGCUGUUUCUUGCACCUGUCGGCGAAAAUCCACAGAAGGUGCUCGACGUAGGAACUGGAACUGGGAUAUGGGCGAUCGAUUUUGCAGACGUUUACCCAGCAACAGAGGUGAUAGGGACCGAUCUUAGCCCGAUACAACCUGCGUGGAUGCCGCCGAAUGUUAAAUUUGAGAUUGAUGAUUGUCUUCUCGACUGGACGUGGCCAGAGAGCCAUUUCGAUUAUAUCCACAUGAGGAUGCUUUAUGGGAGCAUACCUGACUGGACCGACCUAUAUAAGAAGGCCUUCAAGCACCUCAAGCCCGGCAAGUGGUUCGAAGAUGUAGAGUUCGAUGUGCGUAUACAAUCGGACCAUGCGGCUAUUCCCGAAGAUCACAUGUUCAAUACUUGGGCUGAUGCAUUCUACGAAGCCGGGGAUAAAUUGGGUCGGUCAUUUCGUAUUGGGUACGACAACACUUUAAAAGAUGCAAUGACCGAAGCCGGCUUUGUCGACGUCCACGACGUCAAGGUCAAGAUGCCCUGUCAUGGCUGGCCACGAGAUCCCAAACUACAACAGGCCGGUCUGCUCAUGUUCGCGAUGUUGGAUCAGAGUCUUGAGGGAUUCUGUCUCUAUUUGUUUAGUAAAGCCCUGGGGUGGACAGCUGAGGAGAUCCUCUUAUUCGUAGCCAAGUAUCGAGCGGAGUUGAAGAAGAAGAGCCUCUGUGGUUGGCUUCAAGUGACCAUUGUAUACGGCCGGAAGCCCGAGAUUGGAGAGUGA